GUUCAGCUCUUCUCUUUCUAUCUCUAACUUUCUCUCUCUAAAAACUCUCUCUCAUCGCAGACCUUCUCUUGCUUGCUUUCCCAUCUUUUGUCUCAGAACGCACAUAAACCAACCAAACAGACCAACGUGACAAUGCCAAGUCACAUCCUCGCCGUGUCCAUUUCCGUGUCCUCACCUCUCCCACCACCGCCACUUCGCCCCAAUCGCUCCCAAGCCUAGGGUUUCUCUUCUCCUUCUUCAUCCUCUUCUUUUGUUUGUUUCCGAUUUUGUUCCGAAGCUUGUUUCUGGAAAUUUUUUGUCUUGUUACUGUUCUGAAUUCGACGAAUUUGGAAGGUUUUUGGAUUAUGGAAGCGCAAGCUUCGAGCUUGUAUAGACCUUCUAUGGAGGACGAUGGCGAUGGAGGUGUAGGUGAUCGAGGCGGCGGCGGAGGAUUUGACCAGUCGGUGAAGGAGCUGGAGCUGGAGCUUAUGAGCGGCGUCGAUCAAUGCGAAAUGAUUGGGGAUAUGGACGAGUCCCAGCUUGUUGGAGCUCCGGUCGCGAUCGCCGCUGGAAUUGGACACGCGGCGGCCGAGAAGGGCGGUCCGGCGGUGGCUGUGGAGGUGAAAUUGGGGGAGAAGGUGGUGGUGGAGAAGCGGAAGCGAGGGCGGCCGCCGAGGGGACAGGCGAAGGCGGCGACGACGACGACGCCGUUGAGGAAGAAGGACGAAGAGGACGUUUGCUUCAUAUGCUUCGACGGUGGGAGCCUCGUUCUCUGUGAUCGCCGGGGCUGCCCUAAGGCAUAUCAUCCAGCGUGCAUCAAGAGGGACGAGUCAUUUUUUCGAUCAAGGGCUAAAUGGAAUUGUGGUUGGCAUAUAUGUAGUACUUGUCAGAAAGCUUCCCAUUAUGUGUGCUACACUUGUACGUAUUCUUUGUGCAAAGGAUGUACUAAGGAUGCUGAUUAUGUUUCUGUACGAGGAAACAAAGGAUUUUGUGGAACGUGCAUGAGAACUAUCUUGUUGAUUGAGAAGUUUCAAGUAAAUAAAGAAGGGGCUCAAGUGGAUUUUGACGACCAAAGCAGUUGGGAGUAUCUAUUCAAGGUCUACUGGGUUCUUUUACAAGGGAAAUUAUCAUUGACUUUAGAUGAGCUCUUGAAAGCAAAAAAUCCAUGGAAAGCGCCUCCAGUUGAUGCUUCUAACUGGGGAUAUUCUGGUGAAAUUUAUAGUGGAAAUGGGGAUAAAAACUCCGUGUCUGGGAACUGUUGUGCAAACAAGGAAGCUGUUAAUGCUAAAAGAAGAAAGCUUGACAACAAGCCUAAAGUUCUCGAAAACGAGAGUUCUUUGCCUGUUGAAAAACCUGGUGAGAAUAGAGUGGCACAUGCUCAUGGAGAAUCAAGUUGGGCCUCAAAGGAGCUCCUGGAGUUUGUUGCACAUAUGAGAAAUGGUGAUACGUCUGUCAUGACCCAGUUUGAUGUCCAGGCUUUACUGCUCGAGUAUAUAAAAAGAUACAAACUUCGUGAUCGUCGUCAACAAUGUCAAAUUGUUUGUGAUCAGAGGCUUCUGAACAUGUUCGGCAAAGCACGUGUGGGUCACAUUGAAAUGCUAAAGCUUCUCGAGUCUCAUUUUCUUUUAAAAAAUGAAGUUCCAGUAAGAAAUACUAUCACAGCAGGAUUUAUUGAUGCCGUUGGUAGCCAGUUGGAUUGUAACGCUGAUAGCCAAAUGACACUGGUUAUUGAUAAGAGGCGCAAAGUUCGUAAGAAGAUUGAUGACAAAGGACUGCCAACUAAUCUAGAUGCCUAUGCCGCUAUUGAUGUUCACAACCUUAACUUAGUUUAUUUGCGCCGCGAUUUGAUGGAGAAUUUAGUUAAUAAUCCUGAAAAAUUCUUUGAGAAGGUUGUUGGUUCAUUUGUGCGAAUAAAAGUUUCUAGUAGUGAUCAAAAGCCAGAAAUGCAUAGGCUUGUCCGAGUUGUAGGUACCAGUAAGGGUAAGAAACCUUAUAAAAUAGGCACGAGGGAAACUGAUGUCAUGCUUGAAAUAUUAAAUUUAAACAAGAAAGAGGUUGUAUCAAUUGAUGGGAUUUCAAAUCAGGAAUUUUCUCAGGAUGAGUGUGAACGUUUACGCCAGUGUAUAAAAUGCGGGCUCAUCAAGCAGCUAACUGUAGGGGAGAUUCAGCAAAGAGCAAUGGCACUUCAAGCAGUAAAAGUAAAUGAUUGGCUGGAGGGAGAGAUAUUGAGGCUUAAUCAUCUUCGUGACCGAGCAAGUGAAAAGGGACAUAGAAAAGAGUUGAGAGAAUGUGUGGAGAAAUUAGAACUUCUGAACUCGCCUGAGGAACGCAAGCGCAGGCUGGAAGAAGUCCCUAUAGUACACGCUGAUCCAAAUAUGGAUCCAACUUAUGACAAUGCUGGAGAAGUAGAUGGAAAGAAACAAGGUGAAAAAGUAAGACCAAGAAAUUCUGGCUUUGGUAGAAAGAGGGAGUCCAUCUCUCCAGGACGAGGAGGUGAUGUCUUGAUUAAUAUUGGAAGCAAUGCAUUAAAGAAUUCAAUCAUCCCUGUUGAGCAAAUUAGAGAUAAAGAAACAUUUGGAUUAGAUAGUUGGAAUACAUCCAGUAACCCGGUCGAUUGUGCUGCUUCAGGGACGGACCAAUCUGUUGAUGAUUUUGAGAUAGACAGGAUAUGGCACUACCAGGACCCAACUGGGAAGGUUCACGGUCCAUUUUCCAUGCUACAGCUGCGUAAAUGGAGUGGACACUUUCCUCAGGAUUUGAGGAUAUGGAGUUUGAAUGAGAAACCAGAUAAUUCUAUACUUCUGACUGAUGCACUGAGUGGGCAAUACUCUAAAGAGCAAUUAUUACCACUGAACAGUCAUUUGCCGCUGCAGGAAGUCAAAGUUGCUUCCGAUGAUAGAGACAAUAGUGUUGAUGGAGGGCAGAGCAAGAGCACGAAUGCUGCUCCCAUAAAUGGUGAAACAGUUGAGGAGAGUAGGAUUCUUGAUCAGGGUGCUCUGAGCAAGCUUCUCGACGAAAAGAAUAAAGUGGUAGGAAGUGAUGGAUUGAGCUCCCAUUUGUCUAGUUGCACAACAGUUGCAGCUGUCAACUCCGGCGAAGGGGAUACUGGAAUUUUUUCCGAAGGCUCGGAUUCAUUGAAGGGUAAUAAUGUGUGGCCCACUCAGCCCCAAGUAACUAGUUCAUUACCCACACCCAUUCUUCCUGAGAAGCAAACCUCGCCACAUGAAAUGAGUGAAGAUCGUGUAACUGAAAGCAAGUCUAAUCAGAGUGAUGGAAACUUGAAUGUUUGGCCAACUGUUGAUUGUCAAAAUAGAACUAACCAGGCUUGUGAAAAGCGAUCUGAUGGUGAGGGUCAUUCUGGUCAAUCUUCUGGUCAGAACUGGAAACCGCCUGCAAGUAGUCCUUCAAAUGGAUGGGAUACCAACUCUGGAUUGAAUUCUGUUUCCCAACCACUUGAAACAUCAGAGCAAAACCAGGAGGUUACUAAUCUUCCAAAUCUGCCCAGCCACUCCGCGAAGCCGACCAAUGGGAGCCCGGAUGGUCAGGCUGCUGAAAACAAACAGUCUGCUUCUUCAAGUGCUCCUGUCCAGGAUGCUGGCGUUAGUUGGAGCACUGCUUCUAGUUUGGUAGUUGGCAGUGCACAACUGCAGGAAGUGGCUGGUGACUGGAGUGGAUAUUCCCCCAAUCCAGCCAAACCUUGUCCUGUUGAGGAAUGGGACUCGAGUCUUGCCACCGCUUCCUCUCUUAAACCAACAGAAAUGAUCGGUGAUCAUGCUGCCACUCCAGCUUCAUUGAGUGACCAACUGACACAUUCUUCCCCAUCACAUCCUCAAUCUAAUACCUCUAGUUGGCAUGACAUUGAGCCCAAUGAAUUCAGCUCUCUAGUUGAUGAUUCGGUAUCAGAUCUAUUGGCUGAAGUCGAAGCGAUGGAGUCAUUACAUGCUCUGUCUUCCCAUAUAAUCAACUAUGCUGGGGAGUUGACAGAGGACUCUAAGACUGAUUGUCUUAGUCCUGUUGAGGCAUUUAGCCCAGCACCCGAGCCUGGAAAAGGUGAUGCUUUGAGCUCCACUGCAGGUAUACACUUGCCUCAGACGAAUGUGACAGAGGAACCACUUAGGAUAGGUAGUGCAGAUGUUCUUGAUCCGAAGAGGAGAUCGACGGGGAAUCCUUCUGUAAGUACUGAAGUGGAAGGUGAUACAAAGCACAGCGAUGCUUCAGUUAACCGAUGGGAGGCAAGUGCAGACAUUCAACCAGCCGCACCGUCAACAACAAGCUGGGAUGCGACCAUGACAGAUGCCCCUUGGAAUGCAAGGUCGGAGAGCAUGGACACUAAUUGGGGAGCAGUUCAGGCAACUGCAGAUAUGAGCUGGGAAGGAGGGUUGCAUCAAGGUAAUGCGAUUAUGGAUUGGGCUCAGCCUACGACACAGGAACACACAAACAUAAGUUCAGGUCCACCUGCAGCGAGCAUUUUGGGAAGCCAACCAAGAUACGGCGGAGAGAGAUUUCCUGGUACAAGAGAUCGGGUUUUCCACAGUAGGGAUUCAGGUUUUAGUAGGAAUAGGCAUGUCUGGAACAGGCAGCCAUUUUUUGGUGGCAGUAACGGCGGAGUCCCGUUCAGGCCGCCUCCGAAAGGGCAACGAGUAUGUAAAUUCUACGAAAGUGGUUACUGCAAGAAAGGUGCAGCAUGCAGCUAUUGGCACCCAUGAUUUUGGGUUAGACACGGCAUAAACUAGACACAUUUGUUACUGUAAUCAUUAAUCUGUAGCGGGAAGCUUGUUCUUGCCAAAUGUUGUAAUUUUAACAACCUGUAAAAGUAGAAGUCAGUCAAGUGGCAUAAUAUGCAUAAUGUAUUUUUUGGAUAGCUUAGCGGGUCCAUAGUUUAAUAUGUUGUGGACAAAAAUUCAUUUUUAUAAUGGGCAAAUGAAGCAGGUAAUUUCUGCUAUUGAUGCAA